UGCUGAGGAGCAUUUUGAUGAUGCGGGUUGCAUAUUGCUGAGCUGCGUCGUCAGGGUGUGCGUAAGCAAGGGCGCUUGACACUGAUGUGGACCUGAAUGCAGGACGGGCAACGCUGCAGGAGGAGUGCUUGUUUUGUCCCCCUGAGAAAAGUUUCUAUCGAUCUGUAGGUAGGCUGGGAGGAGGAGGAAGGACCAGACGAGCAUAAUGGUUAAGCAAGCAAAGCAGUUGCUGUACCUGCUCAUCUCUCAUUCCUGCUUCUCUUUUUGUUUUGGGCUGGGGAUGUGUCUUUGUUCUUGUGUUUGAAGGUGGGUGUAUCAAUUCAGUCCCCACCUCCCCCUUAUCCCUCCUUCUCCCACUCCACUGCGGUGUUCUCCUUCUGGGCUGUCUAUCUGCAUGCACACACACACACUCUCGUCCCCCCCCCCCCCGUCGUGUCCUCCGUCUGUGUCUGCCGCCAUCAGACGCAGGGACCGAUAAUAUCUGCUCCAGCCCCCCUCUCCUCCUCCUACUUUUUGUACUCCUCCUCUCCUGCAUCUCACCUAUUGUUUAUUCACUUUGUGCUUUAAUGUACUACCAUGUUUCAUCCAGGACAGCCUUCUUUUCUCUUCAGUUUUUACCAGCUGGACUUUGCAAUCUCUUGUGAAGCUAAUUUGUUGUUUCUUGUCUGAGUGUGUCUUUAUUGAGCCACCCUCACUGAUUGCUAUCUGUAUUCAGUUAGUGUCCGGACACGUCGCUCUGCUCCCUGCGCAGAAGGCUGCAUGCAUCCCCUCUCCUUGCAUCACACUGUAGUAUAGUCCACUGUUUGAGACAUGACUUACUCCUCAACAUCUGUGAGAAGCUGUUCAGAGUCAGAGUUGUUGUACAGUAUGAAUAUAAGCAUGUGGCUCAGCCAUGACUGUGAAAAAAUCCUGGGAGGAACAAGGACGGGCUCUGAGGAGGGAGGAGCCGCUGUAGAAACUGCCCUGUCAUUGGUCGGUGAUGUGCUCUGCAUGCCAGCAAAAGUCUGUCCGAUUUGCUGGAGCCUUGCAUUGAGCACAGCAGCUGCAGUUGUGAAGCACUACCUCCCCCCCCCCUCCCUCUCUAUCUCUGCCCUGUCUCUCCUUUUUUCUACUUCUUCCCCUUCACAUUAAUAACUGUCUGGGAAUCAUCAGUGUCGACCACACACGUGCUCGCCGGUGCGACUUCAAGGACACCGCUUUUUACAGCAUAUUGUAGCAUGAAUCACUCCAAGUUAGUCAAUUACUUUCUGCUCCGUGGAGCUCAGGGGAGUUAAAGUGACGUCUCUGUCCUGCCUGCAAUCUCCCUCCAUCCCCUCUCUCUCCCUCUCUCUCUUGUAUCACUUAAUCAAGACAUAGCUUGCCCUUUCCUGUUCAUUGCUGCCUCCCUCCCUCCCUCCCGUAUGCUCUGUUCCGCUAUUUGUUUGUCCUCGCUUUAUUCUCUUUGGCUCUAUCCCUUCCACGCUCCUGCCUCGUGGUCCUCUCCACCCUCCGUUUAAACCAGCUCCACACAAGGUUGUAGCUUCACAUUAACGUUUUUCUCCUCAACAGGCUGCUUAUUUUCUUCGUCAUUGCUUUAAAUGAAUGUUCUUUUUUAUUAUUUUACAGUCCACAGCAAGACGACAAGCAAAGACAUGCAGAAGAGAUGCAAGUGAGAAGGAUGACAACAGAAUAAUCGACAACGGCGAAGGAGGGAUGAGAAAGAGACUGAAAUAAGAGAAGGAAGUGGAACUCCAAAGUGCCUACUGCGAGGGGUCGUCUGCUGCUGUUAAGCUGCUGGAUGAGAGCAGGACGUGGCUCAGUGUGUUUGGCCUUGAAUGGAGGCUAUAUUUUAUCCUGACAGCCACAGAGCCAUCCAUCCCACGUUGCUGAGCUGCAGUCCGCACAUAGCCUGAGCUGAGCCGCCACAGAGUCUCAUCACUGUAAGGACACCAUCCCUAAAAGGUUCUGCUUUUGUUUCUGCUCUACAGAAGUCUUCUUCUUUUUUUUUUUUCAGGCCGUUCAAACCUAACUACAGUGACUGCUCGAGCCCCAGCCAUGUUGACGUGAACCUAACAGUGACUUACGGUGGGCGUCAAUCGAUUCAGGUGAAGGCACAGACGCUCAGUGUCACAUGCCAGAGUGAUGUCCUCAGACUAGCUCCUGUUUUUCCUUUUUUUUUUUCUUUCUUGGAGACAGAGCUGGCCUCUGCUCACAGUCUGCCCCUUCUAUCUCAAACUUCAGCUGCCACUUUUCCCAGGAAGAACUUACAAACAUUCCCUAAAAUACACCAACCAGAAGGACUCGCUGCCUAUUUGCACUGAGGAAAAACAGAACAUUUUUCUGCUUCUGUUUUGCUGGGGAUUUUUCUUGGAUCACUAUUAGUCACCCUUGCUCCCGUCACACAGUUUUCCGUCCAUCUGCCCUCACCGCCACUCGGUGUUUGUGAGCGACUCUGAUGGCUGUCAGCAUGACCAUGGGACGGGACACCAAAUGGCUGACCCUGGAAGUGUGUCGUGAGUUUCAGAGAGGCACCUGCUCGCGGUGUGAUGCCGAGUGCAAGUUUGCUCACCCCUCCCGCAGCUGCCAUGUGGAGAAUGGCCGAGUCAUCGCCUGCUUUGACUCACUCAAGGGGCGCUGCACCCGUGAGAACUGUAAAUACCUGCACCCACCGCCACACCUGAAAACCCAGCUGGAGAUUAACGGGAGGAACAACCUGAUCCAGCAGAAGGCCACGGCAGCCAUGUUGGCUCAACAGAUGCAGUUCAUGAUGCCCGGAACACAUAUGCAGCCGAUUACAACAUUCCCAGUGUCGCCCUCCCUGGCAACAUGCCCCAGUAUGGCGUUCAGUCCAUAUCUGAGCCACAUGGGCCCAGGCAUGGGCUUGAUGCCUGAGCUGCUGCCCAGUACUCCCCUGCUGAUCCCCGGGAGUCCAACCGGCCUGGCAGCCAUGGGCAACGGCAUCUCCGCACAAAAACAUGUGCGCACAGACAAGCUGGAGGUUUGUCGAGAAUUCCAGCGUGGUAAUUGCACACGGGGCGAGAGUGACUGCCGCUACGCUCACCCUCUGGAGGCCGGCAUGGUGGACUGCAGCGAGAACUCUGUCAUCGUCUGCAUGGACUACAUUAAAGGCCGCUGCAGCCGAGACAAGUGCAAGUACUUCCAUCCGCCAGCUCACCUGCAGGCCAGGAUCAAGGCUGCACAGCACCAAGCAAGUCACAACACAGCGACCGCAGGCUUGGUUCUGCCUCCAGGGGCCAUGCAGCAGCCACCAAAGAGGGCGAUCUUAGAGAAGAGCAACGGAGCUGCCGUCUUCAACCCCAGCAUGUUCCACUACCAGCAAGCGCUGGCUAACAUGCAGCUCCAGCAGCCAGCCUUCAUCUCCACUGUAGACCCCUCCGAGCUUCUGUCUCCCGAUCCAGUGGAGCUCCAGUGCGUGCCCCAGUGCGUGCCCAUGGAAACCCAUUUCUGUCCCGUCCCCAAACUGCUGGUGGCUGCUCCGGUGACCCUAAACUCAGUAAGCCUUUCCCAAAACCCCAGUUAAAGCCCCUGAAACCAUGCGCACUACCAGGGCGGUCUAAAAUGUGCCUCGCCUACAGCGCACACUGAAUGAGUGUGAAACUUCUGAUAAGAUGUUGUGAACGUAAGAAAGCUGCGAUGAUUCCCGCAAUACAAGCCCGGACGUGUUACUGUUGCUUUAAAGCAGCCAUCCUGAUACACACUGACUUGGCUGAGCAAUAGAGCUCCCUCGUUCGUACAGCCAUACAUGCCCACACCUUAAAAGUGCAGCAGACAUGUGCACACAGACACAUUGAAGACUACAUGCCCUUUAUGGGAUGGAGCCAUCUCAUGAUGCGACCCUUUGAACACUUUUGACUGUUCCAAAGUCAGAAACUCUGAAAAGCUAAUUCUGGAAAUUGAGAUCAUUCAAGCGGGAAACGGACCUGCCGCUGGUCUGCAACCAGUACUUAUUGUCAAAAUGAGAGUGUUUCAUACCAUGUCAUGUUUACGUUUCAAGAUGGCUACAAAUGUAACAUUUGUGUUGUACCAUGUAUAUUAUUCAGUUUAUUCUCAUGGUGUCAUCUUGCCUGAUGAAACGCUAACGAGUUGUUGUUGUUCAUUUGUUUGUGCCUUUGAUUUAUCUGCUCAGCUGCAGAGGAGACUUAGUUUCACAAAUGAUUCAAAACACUGAAAACGUACAUUAUUAUACGUUCUCUUCAAUUAAAGGCAAUAGUUGUUACAUAUAUGUAUCAACUUAUAGCUCCAAUUGUAAGAUAAUGUAGGUAUUACAGUGAUCGCCACUUUAAAUUUACAUUGUUUUAUGAAUGUAAUUUGAAUCCCCGGUUUCACAGUCAGUAUCUGGUAGUGAUGGGAUAAUAGCAGAAAAUGAGAUGGUACUUUUCAUGUAAUGCAACAAAAUUGAAGAACUACACAUUGAUGGAGUGACAUAAUACAAUCACAUCUACACUAAAGGGGCUGAGAUGACAGAUUUAUAAGAAUGUGGCUCUUCAUUUCUUGAUCUAGGAAACAAACUGCCUCAAUGGCAGUUUAAGGCAGUUUGUGUUAUUAAAACUGUUUGAAUUUGAGUGAUGCAGUGUCUUUAGUCGCGGCUGUGCUGGGUUACUGUCUAAUGACUGAAAAGGAAGGUUUGUUUGUCCCGUUUCCUCCAUGAUUUGAUAUCGAAACGUGGUGUUAAAAAAUGACAAUCUACAAGUCAAAUUCACUUCUUGGCAUCAGCCACAAACCCAGAUUUCAUGCGUUUGUUCAACUCACCUGAAAUCAUAGUACAGACACAAUUAUAUUUCCGAGAGUCAGACUUUUAUAAUUGGCACUUGUUAAACUUUAACACCUGAUGUCAGAGCUAUUGCACAAGAUGGGAGCUGGAUUUGUGUCCUGAUGUUGUGCCUAAAUUCUGUGUGUGCCAAGUGGUGGUUGGUAUAUGCUAGGAGCUGCCCAAUUUAAUGCAAUAUAUGAAAAAUGUAUGUGUAACUCUCAAACUCAGAGAUGUAUUUUAAAAAGGCAGUUUGUUUGUGUAAUUCUCUCCCUUCAUGCGGCUUUUGGAUUGAAUUAGUGGCACAAGAUUUUUAUGUUUUAUGGCUCUUCAGGGAGAAAGCUUAGAACUUGAAAAUGUCCUGUCUGACUUUAUAAUGUGUCGUCUUUUCUACUGAUGUGUCCUUUUUGUCGAAAUUAGUAGGACUCUGAAUAUUGCAUCCACAUCUGUUAUAACCAGAAUUGAGUUACAGUAAAGUCAGGAGAUGGAGGAAUAAAUCACCCGUUUGAUGUCUAAUGUUGAAAAAAAAAAAAUGGCAAACCAGUUACAUUUUGGAUCUCAAAUGAAUGGAAGGAAUUGCUUUGUAGGUGCAAAAAAUUGAGCGUAACGGCUCUGGAAACCGGGCUGAAAUCACUUUCAUCCAAAUUCAAAUGUGCCUCUUUCAAGUCUCCUCAAACCACCACUGUCAAUACACUGUAAGAAAGGACCAGUGCUCAAAGAUAGAUGUGUCGUUUGGUACGUUAUUAUAACAGUAAAUCACAUCUCUACUUGUUUCUUCUCUGAGACAGCUGUGCUGUCUUAUCGUUCAUGUAAAGAAAUAGAUCAGUGAGUUGUGUCCAUUCUUAGGUGUGUUGAAAAAGACAAUGAAUCACAUAUUUGGUUAGUUGUAAAUGCUGCAGAUAUUUCGGCAUUUCCCACUGAACGUUAUUCAUUUAAAUAAUGUCAUCGUGUCGUAAAUGUAUCUAUUGCAAAAACUCUUCACAUGCCCUUUUAAAAGACAGGCAUGUUGAAAUGUAAUGAUUCACUAUAUAUAGACUAUUUCUGAGGUCACAUACUGUAGGUACCAUGCUGAUACUGUGUUAAGACAUAUUAAAGUAUGUGUAUUGUUAUAUAGAUUUAUAUUUAAUGUCAAUGGAUGGUGUGACUACUUUUAGAAAUAUCUUUCACUCAGAAAAGCUAGAGCAGAAUUGUGCUUUUGAAGUACAGAUGUGCACCAUACUGGUACAGAACAGUACCGUUUCUUGCUAAUCAGCUGUUGUACCCCUCUCUUAGAAAGUAGCCAAAGUGCCCAAAAUGCACCUAUAAACAAUGGUAUAAUCACGGGGCAAAAUUGAGAAAAUCAGCAUGCUACCCUUCUUUUUAGCAUUUUGUUUUCUUUUUUUGCAUAAUGUGGAUUUGUCAGUGCUCCGUGUACUGCCGUCCCUGUUUCUGUUAACUCCUACUGGGGAAGCUGUAUACAGAAGCAACAGUGUAGACCGACCAUUCAGUAAGAGUUUGUUAGUGCUGCAACAUGUCUGUAAUCCCGCUCUGGCUUCCCACCCAUGAACACUGACUAUUGUGUUCAGUGGGGGCAAGUUAGAUUGAUCUUGGGUUUGUGUGGGUGCACCCAAUCAGUGUGCUACCGUAACUUUAGUACCCCAGUGAGCUUAUUCACUGUCUUUCCAAGUAAGAUGAGAAGAUCAAUACUGCUCUCAUGUUUGUGUGUUAAAUGUGAAGCUAGAACCUGCAGCCACUGAGAUUAGCGUAAAGAUUAGUAAACAAGAUAUUGUGCGUUAAUUAGUGAGCUGUAGAAGUGUUGCCAGGCAAAUUUUUUGUAACUUUGGACUGUAACUCAACUGGUACUGUAUUUAUGAGACCGACACUAAUAUUGAUUUAGGAGUUAAAAAAAAAUUUGUAUACUGAUGCAAUUGCUUGUAUCGGCCGAAUUAUACGCAAUUACAAUAUUUCUAUAAUAAGCUAAUAUUGGCUGAUUUAUUGGUCUCGCUCUACUUUGGACAGAGCUAGGCUAGCUUUACCCCCUUGAUUCUAUUAUUUAUGCUAAGAUAAGCUAACUGUCUCCUGGUUCAAGCUUCAUAUUUACCGCAGAGACGUGAGAUUGAGAUAAAUCUUCUCAUCUGACCUUCUAAAAGAAAGUGAAUAAACGUAUUUCCCGAAAUAAUUUACUUUUUAUGUACAUGGUGGAUCAAGCGUUGCCUAGCCUGUUAUAUGCCUGUUAUCGUACGUCUGUAAAGAAAUGUACCUUUUGGUACCGAAACGUACUUCUCCUUUAAGUUGUCUCCUUGUCAUUCAGUGUGUUGAGCAGCUACAUUUUGUCAAGUCUUUGAACAGACAUAUUUCUCUCCUACUCAAUGAAAUUGAUGAUUCGAAUGUUCAGACAAUUUAGUUUGUCUUCAUCUCACAGCUUUUAAAGACUAGCUUUAUCCAGCCAAGAAAACCCCUCACUAUAGCCUUCGUCUCCUCCCUCCUUCACAUCAUUAUGCCUUCACUAACUGCUGUCCAGCUGGAAAACAACAGAAUACUUGAUUAAUAAAUUGUGCCUCUUGAUGGCAUUUGAAUUUUUAGGUACAUUUAGAUGUAUGUAUUGAUGUACAAGAGCGUGUGGCACGAGAAAACAAAUGUUUUAACCUCUUUCCCUUUCUUCUUCUCUUGUACUUGAUUUCCUUUAGGCCUCACUGUAUUUUUCCCAUGAAUCAUAACUCUGGAAUAUGCAAAAUGCUCUGAUCAUUGUGGCCAGUGACCAGAUCCUUUAGCAUGUGGACAGUUAAGUCCUGAGCAUACUUAUUUUUGCCGGGGCACAAACAAAGGGCCUUAUUUCUUGAUCACUGUAUAAAGAUGUGAUAACUGUGUAUGAAAGUGACAUGUAAUAAUGGUAAGUUAAGCUUUUUGUUAACUGACAUAAAAACAGCAUGGAAAUAAAAAAAAAAACUAAUUUAUACAUAGUUAAUAGUUUGUGUAGACCAACAAGAAAAAUAUAUAAUAUGAAAAUCAUUUGUAUACAAUGAUGGAGUCAUUGUUAAGUUGCUGUUGCAGUGGCAACAAAUUGACAACAUGGCUACCUUUCUACUACCCUAAUUGUGAUUUUUUUUUUUCACAUUAAUUGAAACAACAUACAUCACUAACUUAUUCAAAAAGGGAAUGUCUAAUUAGUUUGUCUUGUUAUUGCGACGUGAUUAAAUAUUUUGUAUGAAAAACUUAAAUCCUUGUAAUAUCCAAAGGUCCUUAGGGGAGAUCAGGUGUUUAUUUUGUUUUGUUUAGUUGACCUUAAUUGUUUGUUUUUUUGUUCUUGUACAUGGAGUUUUUGAGAAAUAAGAAUGGACUUUGGCUUUUAAAGCAAACACCUAUCUGUCAGGAAGGUAAAGAGACUUGUGGACUAAUAGAAAGAUUUGCUUUUUCUGUAAAAUCAAACGAGUCAGCAAUCCCCACUGGUUACCUCCUUCAGACUGGACAGCCCUCGCUCAGUUUUCUCCGUAUGGAGACUGAGCAUCCAUUAAAGAGUUCAGUUUUAGUCAAGAAGGUGGUUCAGAAGUCUCUUUCUGCCCAGCUGUGCUGGGUGAUGUCGAUCCUUGCUGAGGUGUAUACGAAUGUGUGAUGUUCACCUUGUUUGCACUUAUGUACAUAACUAUGUCAAAAUACUCAAAAUUUAUUUUGAAUAAAUAUAGAUAAAAGAGUUGAUUAAAAAUCAAAUCAAUGUAUUGUUAAUGAUACGAGUAUGUCUAUCAUUUUAUUACAGUAUAAAAAGAUUGCUCUGAAGGAUCUGUCCUUUUGUUUGUUUGCUAGAGCCCUGUUCUUUGCCAAGCAUGACAUUGCCCAGCUGUAAACCACAAAUGAUUUGCUUUAAAAAAUACUUUUUUUCAGUUUAAUUUAGUGUAAUAUCUGACCCUGACAUCAAACAAGAGAGGUGGAUUAGAAUAAAUAGUCAGUUUGGAUAUAUAUAUAUAUAUAUAUAUGAUAAACCAGUACUAACCUUGUCCUUAAAUGCUCAAAAUGAAGACAUGAAUGCAGGUGCAUUCCUCUCUCUCCAGAAAUACACACCAAAAGAAAAGCACAGAGUAUCUCCACAUGCAGGCUGAAUAGCAGCCAGUUAGAAAAGUGGAGCAGAUAAUAAAAUCUGACUACAGAGGGACAUGAAUGUGAGAUGUGUUCACAGGGUUUUAAAUUCACUUUACUUUUGUCAUUUUGUAAAAUGGGUUUAUUCUUUUCUCCCUUGAUGUCAUUAUCCAAAACAACAAUAAAUCUGAAUUCUCCUCAGGCUAUUUGUCAAAAUUGCUAAAAACCUGGUUUUCCAAUGUUAUUCUUGCAGCAGCAGCAACAUCCUUACGCAACUCUGCUCCUGCAGAUUUGGGCAUGUGAUGCUCUUCAUUUGCUAUUAAAGCCAGAGAUGUUGUUGCCAUGGCACUUGUCCUAGUGGUGGAUUGACUGAGUCAUCCUGGUGAGUCGGUUCCUCUGACUCCACAUGUGGAGUGGACUUAACAUACUGUGGGUUUUUGGUCACAAACAAGUAAAUAUGAUUGUGAUUUUGUUUUGAAAUAGAUUUAUUGUCAUCAUUAUUUUAAAACAAUUCAGUUGUAAUUGUGCCUUUAUCAUGUAAGAUGUAGUCUUUCUUUUACAUUCUAUGUUCGUAUUGACUUAAAACAGCACAUGUAUGGAGUGUAAAACGGAUCCCUUUAUUUAAAAUCCUUUGUCGGGUUGGUGAUUGAUUAUUAAAUUGGGUGUAAUCGCAGACUGAAUGGCAACCCGUGGAAGAUGAAGAGGGCCAAAGACUGUUCAGGACUAAGCCAUAUGAAAUACUCUCUCUUGACACUCUAGGACAGACUUGAAAGUGACUGCUGUUUCUUAGUCAUCUAUUGUUUCACUCUGUUUUCAGCUUGUGGUGCUUGUAUGUGCUGCUGGCUACAUGCCAAUUUGUUUUGCCGUGUAUAGCUAUUAAGAGUAAGUUACUGUGCCUAUGAUGAGUUCUGCUAUUUCUGUUUGACCUUUAAUAAAACACAUAAUCGUGA